CUCCCUGUAGCACUCAUCAUUAUGGACAUGCUUUUCUAUAGUGUCUGCAGAUGUUGUGCUAUCAGUGCUCAGGUGUUAACAAACAAUGAAAAAGGUCAACUGUACACUAUCUGCUUAAAAACAACUUGUUUUUAUUGGAAGUGGCCACAAAUAGUUAUUGCCAGUUCAUCUAAUUUGUGAUGAUGAUACAAAUCAAGCAUAAACACACAUACAAAUUCAUCACUACUUGUGAUGUCAGCAACGGGCAUACGUUUCUCACUUUUAAUUGGACAAGCACAUAAUGUAUUAGUUAUUCUAAUUAGCUGAGAAAUGUUACAGUCAUGUGACUGUCAUGUUAAAAGUCUCUUAACAGUGUUAGACACACUCAACACACUCAUCAUACAGGUAUGUAGACAACCUGAAGAAUGCAUAUUGUUUGUUUGUUUUUUCAUGAGAACAGAGAAAGAAAUGUUUUUUUGAAUGCUGAAAAUUGAAACUUGUUUCAGGGCUGUGACAUGGAGUCAUGGAGUCAUUUAAUCUGACUGUUAAUACUAUGAGCUUCCUUCUCUGCGAUUCACAACAGAACAAAUUAUGUGUGUUAUUAUAUGUUGUCCUCAUCUCAUUAAUGCUUAUUACAAUAUGUGGAAAUCUUCUUGUGAUAAUUUCUAUCAUUUACUUUAGAUAUCUCCACACUCCUACUAACUACCUUAUCCUCUCUCUGGCUGUGGCUGAUCUACUAAUUGGUGCUUUAAUAUUUCCUUUGAGCAUGACAUUCUCUCUAAAGCCAUGUAUGUAUAUAAAGAAUUUCUUUUGCAACUUAAGAAACACUUUUGAUAUAACAAUAAGUGUAUCUUCCUUAUUAAAUUUGUGCUGUAUUUCUGUUGAUCGAUAUUAUGCUGUUUGCCACCCUCUGAUAUAUAAAACUAAAAUAACUGAUUGUGUUGCUGUGAAGAUGGGCCUUGGAAGCUGGGCUGUUGCUAUCUUAAGUGGAACUUUUGUCUUCCUGAUUUAUUCAUUUUAUCCUCUGGAUAGUUUUAUACUUUAUGUGCUUCUUGAACCAUUUAACUGGUUUUCACUUUCUAACUCAAUGCUCAAUCCCUUUAUUUAUGCUUUCUUUUACACUUGGUUUAGAAGAGCUUUUAAAAUGAUCAUUUCUGGAAAAAUAUUUCAAGGUGAUGUUACUAACAUAAAACUACACUGA